CUCUCUUUCAGCAACCUCGCAAACGCACCCAACUUCCACGGCCGAACUGUCCCUACGAUUGCGACAUCAUGGCCUCGUCACAGCGACCGGACUAUCGUCAAGACUAUAUUGCGCGGAUACGAUAUUCAAACGCGCUCCCUCCGCCGCCAUGUCCCCCAAAGCUCCUCGACAUCCCCAACACAGGCCUUUCAAGCGGACAAUACACCUCAGCGGGCUUUGCAUCGCGGCUAGCGCGAGAGCAGCCGCUGAAUAUUGAAGCAGAUGCAGAGCUGGGUAUGCCGAUCGACCUGGUCGGUCUCCCUGGCGUCUUCGAUGGGGAUGAAUCAGCAAUUCAGUCGCUCUCGAACCCCCCAGCAUUGCACCCUGCAGAUCGAGCAUUAAUGCGACCACCUAACGCCCUUGGUAAAGCGACCGCAAGUGCUGCCGGUGCUUCGUUCUUGCGCCGUACCGAAUACAUCACCUCGAGCACGACCGGCGCAUCGAAAUUUGAGUCAAGCAACUCAUCAAACACAAUGCGCGUACGGACAAAGCGGCGGCGUCAAGUUGAUAUCUCCGAAGACGAUCCUACCAACAUCGCUAGGCAUAUCCUGAAAGGCUUCAACCUCGCCUACCCGGAUGAUGCAUACAACGGCCCUGACACCGCGGACAACUUACGCGCUGCAGAAAUUGUGCCGGAGGACCGGCAGGCAUGGAAGAUGCCCAAGCACCCCGUAAACCCUAACCUCACAUGCAUUGGCACAUACCCCUUGCUUCCAGACUGGGAUGCCAUGCCCGACACAGGUUCCUACAUGGCAUACAAGUUCAUGGCACCGCCGAUUAAUAACCCGAACGACCCCUCCUACGACUCUCGUCUCGACGUCGCACUCCUACGCCCCGCUGGGCAAACCGUCGAAGACCACAACCUCUAUGUCCAAGAACAGGAAGCGCAUAAGCAAGACCCCACAAUACCUCUACCAAUUCCCCGCUACGACUUCGAGUUAUUCCUCCCUCCUGACCGAGAGAAAGUGCACGGCAUAAAACGCAACUUCACCACCCACGAUCCCGACAACGACACGGAGAUCCCCUUCGACGAAACCCAGGACGAAGACGGCCGCGCGAAGAAGUACUUCAAGUACGAGCUCAUCCGCACGUACGAGACGCAGAACCAGGUUGGCGAUCCAGAGAACACAUAUGGUGAUGUGGUCGCGCUUGCGAUACAUGACCCUGAGCAGCAUGAGGAGGAGCCGUUGAGGGGUACUAAGCUGCAGAAGGCGGCGUACUUCUAUCCCAUUAUCCAGAAGACGAAUCUGAGAAGUAGGAGGCCCGGGAAAGUGGAGAUGGCGCUCGAGGAGCCGAAGGUGGAUAUCAUUGAGACGGCAGCAAGGGAUCCGGAUGCGGAGGUGGAGAGGAGGCGAACUGUGCGGCAGAGGUAUGAUCCGAUAGGCGCGUAAUUGAAGCCAGGCUUGGUAUCUUUUGAGCGGCGUUGAGUAGGCUCCGGCGUCAUCAGAACCAGGCGUGGGGCAUUCAUCGACAGCGUGGCGUCGAUGCGAAAUGCAUGGCUUUUCCGAAUUGCUUCAAGCUUCUACGUUUGGAUUUUACAGUAUCUAUAAGAGUCCUAAUCUUCAGGUUAGCAUAAAUCUGUAUCAGGGAUGCCCGGUCCAUUAUAC